AAUGUUGCCAGGUGCAAAAUCAUGUGAUGUGUUCAUGCUACACAAAAAAAGGUCAGAGGACAGAGCAUUUAAAGUUUUUGUUGCAUACGUAAGAGUUGAUUGGCUGACAGCAUGGCACCUGAAAAAGCAGAGCGUUGUAUCAUGUCAACAUCCGGUCUGGUACGGUGGAACCUCCAAAGUGGAACACCCCUAACAUGGUACAAAGCAGGCGACAAAAAGUCCAAAUCAGCAGAUCCUUUGAAACUUCAGCUCCGUGAGCAUCUGAAGGAUUGGCUCCGCAAAUUCAUGGCAAACAGAAAAAGUGUGUCAAUAACCGUAGAACACUCACACGCGUGUCCAGCUUCUCAGUACAAUGAGCAAUACAAUUAAUUAACACUUGGCUAUACAGUGGCGCCUCGACUUUUGAGGUUAAUUAGUUUUGUGAUCACAUUCGUCACUCAAAACCAAAGCAUCAUUCUUUACUGAAAUGAAGGGAAACACUAUUUUAGUGAUCCCUUGCUAUAUCGCGGUUCACUUAUUGUGUAUUCAGUGCUUCGCAUAUAUUUGUCAGUGAUCAGUAUGUCAGUCAGACUGCGUUCAGGUGAGUGACUGCACUCAGUUACUCACCUGCGCAUUGUCUUUUACAAUUGGCAUUACUGGCUUUUUGAUUAUGAUGUGACCGCAAUGACUCGCAUAAGGACAAAUAGGCUCAAUGCCUUUGCAGAAAUAGAAAUCUUACUGAGCAAUUUCUACUCAAUACAUUUGGUGAGUCACCAGGUUGCUUAAAGAUGUAACUAACUUGACCGACAUGCCACUGUUUAACGCACCAGCCACAGUCAGAGUUUCAUCAGAAUCAGAAUCAUCUUUAUUUGCCAAGUAUGUCAUGAAAUAAAUACCAACGUAGCCAGACGUAUAGCUAAUGCACACACUCAUAACAAUGUGGACAGGAAGAAAUGCAAGAAAUGAGCAAUGUUUAGCUUGAUUUUUCUUCUGCAAAUAAUUCUGGGAAGCAGAAGGGGUUCUGUCAGUCCUAAUUCCCAUAAUGCUUUGCGCUGCUUCCACAGCUGGAGCCAACAGUGUGAAGCACAGUGCCUAAUGGCUUAUCCCGGGAUCAGAUUACAAGCGCCGUGCAGCAUGAUUCAGUGCUUUAAUUCAAUGGGCAUUAGUUUGGUGUGUGUCGUCAGUUGUAAGUGGAGUUACCACUGUAUUUCCUAUGAGGGAUAAAAACAUUAAUUUAGAACAAACUGGCAUCUACUUUGCAGGUUCCUCUGUAUAUUUCUCAACGUGUGCUCCUUUAAAACAUGUGAUGGCUAUGGCACGCCAAAACAACAACAACACAUCAACCUGUUUGUAUGCAUGUGAGGGUUAGAUGGAAUAUACUGUAAUGUAUAUGACAACACAGAAUUGAUCGGCUUUAAGUCAAUGUCUGAUCGACUACAAUAGAGUUAAUAGAGAGUUUAUGUGCUUCUGGACAAGGUGCAAAUGUCUCAUGUUUAAUGUAAACUCCAUUUUCCACUUCAAACACCCCAACCUUGUCAUAGAUAUUCCAGAAUAGAUGCCUUUCGCUAACGGGAAAUGACCAGACUGCUGUUUAUUCCUCUUUUAAUCCGCAUUCAGAGCCUAUUCCUUCUUUGUACUUUUAAAUAGGUAUGUUUUCCUAAAUAGAUAUGUUUUCCUAAUCCUUUCCUAGGAAUUGUGACAGUCGAAAUCUCACCCUCUUUAUCGCUGAUGCGCACUAUCAUCCAUCGUGUGUGACUGCGUGGCAGAUAUGAGAUGAAUGUAUUUACCAAGCAAAAAAAAAGAAAAAAAAAAAGCAGCAAUCCACUAUGUUGGCAGCAUGAGAUGCUUUUGCAGAGCUAAAGUCUGACAUUCCACAAAGAUUAUUUAACACGUGUAACUGCUCAUUUUUUUACACUUUUUUUCCAAUUUUCUUUAAUUGUAUUUUGCACAUGUCAUCACUUCUAUGUACAACUUGAAUCAAAAGGGAAUAUUAGUUGGUCGUAGAAAAGGAAGGGGGGAUUGGACUGCUGAUGUUGAGAUAUGCUGUAUGAUAUUUAAUAAGGGAAUAUUAACAUCAUUGCAACUGUAUGGAGCUCAUCCUGUUGACUGUAUAUGUAUGCAUCUUCCUUUUUACAUUAAAUAAGGCUCUAUGCAAAUGGGAGCAAACGCGCUGUUUUUCUGUGAACUGAGAUGCUGGUUUGAAAUGAUCCAUUAUUAUUUUAUAUUUAUUAGCAAUAAUGAGCUUAAUAUCUUUAAAAAAGGGCAGUUUUGUCCCUAUUUGGAAUGCGUUCUGCAUCUAAGGGGAUAAUGUAAUUCAUCCUUUAUUGAAUUCAAUUGUAUUUAUUUUGCAUUCUUCUUUAACUCAUUCACUGUCACAUUUGACUUCUGAAGCCGUUAAUGGCGGUGAAUGUGUUAAUAAGUGAGAAUGGCUACACUGUACAAUAUUUACAGUAACAAAAAAGGUAAAGUGUUAUCCCAUUGGAAAUAUUUUUUGGACCAAAAGGGUACAAAUGUAAUUGAUAAUUUUUAUUACAAUUAAAUAAUUUUUAUUUAAUUGUAUUGUAUUUGUUUUACUUUCUUCUUCAGUAGGUGAAUGACUACAAUUUAUACUCCUCAACUAAAAUGAGGCAAAGUUGUAUCCCCAUUUGGAAUGUUUUUUGGGUCUAAGCGAACAUUUUUAUAUUAUUAGUAAACAUUUAUUACCCGCUAAUUUAAUGAGCCGGUGGCUACAAUUUAUGAUCUUAAUAACCAGGGACACAUUUAUUAUUUUUACUGUUAUUCUUAGUCAUAUUCUUCUUCCUAUUGUUGUUAUAAUUCAUCUAUUUAUCGUGUUGAUAUAUAGUAUUGUAUUAUUUUUAUUGUAUUUGUUUUCUCUUCUUUUGUUGUCUUUAGUUUAAAGCAUAAGCUGCUGUUGUUUUAAUUGCAUUCAAUUCAAAGGGUUAACCUCUCUGUACGUUGCCAAGCCACUUGAACACCUGUAAAUGUUCAUGACUGUGCAAAAGGUUCCCCUUCCAAGCCAAAGUGGGCAAGGCUAAGCAGUAGGAGCUCUCCAGAUAAAAGAGAGCGAGACAGCCCGUGUGAGCAUCAUAAAUACCCGAGUCCCCCUGAACGCAACAUGUCUGCAUUGGAAGACGCUUCGGCCCUAUUGCUGUCGUCCAGCGCCACGCCGGUGCUGGCCUGCGUGACCGCGCUGUUCCUCCUGGCUUUCGCCUCCCAACGCUUCAGCUCGCCGCAGGAUGGCAGGAAGGAGCCCCCGGGGCCUCGGCCCUUGCCGCUGCUUGGAAACCUGCUGCAGCUGGAUCUCACCUGGCUCGACAGAGCCCUGUGUCAGCUUGCAAAACAUCACGGCUCUGUAUUCACCGUCUAUAUGGGCACCAGAAAAGUGGUGGUCCUGGCUGGAUACAAGGCACUCAAAGAGGCUCUGGUCGGCCACGCAGUAGAGUUUGGAGAGCGCUUCAUCACCCCCAUUUUUCAUGAUUCCAAUCAUGGUCAUGGCAUUCUGUUUGCCAAUGGGGAUUCGUGGAAAGAUCUGAGACGUUUUGCCCUCAGUACUCUGCGAGACUUCGGCAUGGGCAAAAGACUUGCCGAAGAGAAAAUCUUAGAGGAGUGCCGCCAUCUCAUUCCCAUUUUUGAGAGUCAUAAAGGGCAACCGUUCGAUACGACAUCUCCGUUGAGUCAUGCAACAUCCAACAUCAUUUGCUCCAUCGUGUACGGGAACAGAUUCGAAUACAGCGAUCGUCGCUUCAUCGCUAUGGUGAAACGAAUCAAUGAGAGCGUUCGUAUGACUGGUUCAUUCCAAAUACAGCUUUACAACAUGUUCCCCCGGUUGUUGAGUUGGGUCAAACACCGGCGGAUGGUUCUCAGCAACCGUGACGACGCCAUGAAGGACGUGCAAGAGCUUCUGCACCAGCGGAAAGAGAAGCUCAACCCCCAAAUGUGCAUGGGGCUGGUCGACUGCUUCUUCGUCCGCAAGCAAAAAGAAGAGGAAGCGUGUGUGGAAGAGAGCCACUUCAAUGAGAAGAACAUGAUGUUCGUCGUGGGCAACCUGUUCGCUGCGGGCACCGAAACCACCGCCACGACGCUGCGAUGGGCCUUGCUGCUGAUGGCCAAAUAUCCGCAAAUACAAGAGCGCGUCCAAGCGGAGCUUCGCAGCGUGGUCGGAAGCCGCCUGAUGAAUGUCGAGGAUCGCAAGAACCUUCCGUACACCAACGCCGUCAUCCACGAGAUACAGAGAUUCGCCAACAUCGUCCCCAUGGCCAUUAUGCACCAAACCACCCAGGACGUCACAUUCCAGGGCUACUUCAUCAAAAAGGGCACCUCUGUGAUUCCUCUGCUUACUUCUGCCCUCUAUGAUGAGAGUGAAUGGGAGACGCCGAACACCUUCAACCCUUCCCACUUCCUGGAUAAGGAGGGUAACUUCGUCAAGAGGGAUGCCUUUUUGCCCUUCUCUGCAGGCCGGCGGGUUUGUCUGGGCGAGGGCCUGGCCCGGAUGGAGCUCUUCCUCUUCUUCACGUCCCUCCUCCAGCGCUUCCGCUUCACUCCUCCACCCGGAACUUCCGAGGACGAGCUGGAUUUGAAGCCCCUGGUGGGCUUCACCCUCAAUCCCAUGCCGCACCGGCUGAGCGCUGUCACUCGCUAGUCACGUGCAAUGCAGUUCACAAUGGUCCUUAAAUCCAAAUGAUUUACUUUAAUUUUUCUAAUUGCUCACCUGAAUGAUGAAAUUGUAUCUCAAGUCUUGUACAUUCACAGUUUUCACAAUGCGUCAUUUAUUUUCUCUUUAAAGUAUGCACAUGCAUCAUGCAUUUGAAAUGGAUAUCUUCGUAAAUAAAACACUGUCAUUAUACGGCU